AUGGUCGCCGUCGUCGAGCCCGACCAAUGGCACGACAACGCCCCCAACAUCUCCCCCAAGGAACUCUUCUCCCUCCACCAGACCGUCCAAGCACACAUCACAACCAUCAACCGCAAAGAAUUCACCUGCUCCGUCUCUCUGCGCGACGACGCCGUCAAGAAACCCUACAAGCGCUUCGAUCCCGAAGAACAGCUCAAAUACGACGAGUGGGACUCUCGCGCUGAGGACGAAGACAAGAAGAAACUCGCUCAACAGAACCCCGAGACCGGUAAUCGCGCUACUCGUGUGAUCAAGCACGCGCUGUUCCAGCCCUUCAACAGCGUCCAGGCCGAACAGUACCUUGGUUCACAGAACCGCGGGGACGCCGUCAUCCGUCCUUCCUCCAAGGGAACAGACCAUUUAGCGGUAACAUGGAAGGUCGCAGACGGAAUCUUCCAGCACAUCGAUGUCCUUGAACUCGACAAGGAAAACGAGUUCUCCCUGGGCAAGAUAUUACGAAUCGGCAGCAGCGCACAGUACCAGUACGUCGAUCUCGACCAGCUUAUCGCUGAACACGUACGGCCCAUGGCCAAGAUGGUCGAGCAGAUGGUCAACUCGGAUAAGUUCCAUAAUAAGAGCAAGGCGCAGCUUGAGGAAUGGCUCAAUACCUACACCGCCGCAAACCCAAAGAGAUCCAUGUACCAGUUCUGCCUCAACCGCGAGAAACCAGGCUAUUUCCACCUCAUCUUCAAGGCGGGCCACAAGGCGAAAUCGCAGGAUUGGCCGGUAAAAGUCACCCCCGGUGUUGGGGGUUCGGGUGCGUUCGAGCUGCGCGGCCAGGGAUAUCCGAGCAUGCAGGGGUUGAGCAAUGGGUUCAAGAUCCUGUUUGGGAAUAUUCAGGGCACGAACCAUGCUCUGGGCGGUGGUCGUUGA